AUGCCACUACCACAGGCUAUCCAAGAUUUCUUUGACAUGUCAUCCGAGCCAGACAUUGACAUCGAAGGCUAUGAGGCUGAUACAAGCAUAUGUGUUUCUGAGUCCGAUACUAUGCUUCCGAGUCUGAUGACAUUGUCGGAUGAUGUCUUCCUUGACCCCACGUACUGGCGCGCGAACCCACAGCUUAGACAACGGUUUCAUGAGCACGUUAAGACAGACAACGUGUGUCCUACAUCCACAGCUACUACUGUUCAGCCUCGCACUUUCGAUCCUGGCAGCACGACAGAGUCUGAGAGCGAGCCAGAUAUCACAGUCACAAUCACCAAUCCGUCUACAGUUGUCCCCUCUACAUCUACCACUGUUCGGCCUCACACUUUCGAUCCUGGCAGCACGACAGAGUCCGAGAGCGAUAACCCAGACCCAACAACCCCCACUACAGCCACCAUUCCACUCCAUACUUUUGAAGGUGAUGCAGGCAGUACUACGGAGUCUGAGAGUGAAACAGAUAGCAUUUUGGAAGGAUACGUUGUCAUAUGA